UUCUCAGUUCACUUGUAGUGCAUCAUAUUUCCACAUACGCAAUCUAAAUCUAUAUAUCUAGUAUGUAAAAUUGCAGUAAGACGGUAAUAAGCUCUCAUUAGCUACGUCUAUUUGACUUUCAUUUCAAUUAGAAAUGUUUUGUAUACGUAAUUUAGGAAGAAAUUGCAUCUCAGCGCCUGUCAGGUUGAUUUUGAAGGCCAAUUACUCACGACGCAGUAACGAAAACACAAUUACUUAUGAAGUUAUUAAGACUAAAGACGAAACAGUUGAUGACAUCGAAAAAACGGUCAUCGAGUCGAAUCCCAACUGGGAAUUGCUCACACCCAGAGGUUAUAGGUUUUACCUUCCAGGAUGUAUAGGCCCAGGUUGGUUAGAUGCAUCGACAGUAGCUCAACCAGCAGAAAGGACAAUGACUGAUGAAGAGUUGAUGAUCCUCUCAGGAAAACACGGGGUUCUGGACAAGUCUUCAGGAAAUAAAAAUCAAAAGAAACAUAGAGGUCAAAACGAUCACUUUAGGUUAGAAUAUUCAGCACAGGAAUGUCCCGUGGUCUUAAGGAAAGACCUGUUAGAACUUUUUCCAGGAGUCCAGGAAUUAAGUGUACCUCACCUCACAAUAGUAACUCUCACUCAGAAAUCAUGUCAGAGAAGGGGGAGAUGGAGUAAGGAAGUCGAGACUGAGAAGUUUGCCAAAUAUUUCGUAAUGGCAGCAUCCGAUCUUUGUGCAAAGCUUAAAUUAAUAGGAUUUUGGGCGGACUUUAUCAAUCCUUUCAGUGGCCAGUCGUAUCACAAUCCACAAAAACUUACGACUUUGUACAAAUCAGAUGCGCGCUUCCGUUGUCUAGGAUUUACGAUUGAUGAGAAGAACCAUUGCAAAGUGAUUUCAUAUGAUCAUAAUGAGCGUUAUUUUACCGGACACUUUUAUACGACAGGACCAUCGAACACAGAUUUUCUGAGGAAACUUGUACAUGAAUACAGCAAAAUGGAGGAAGAUUAGCUCUUUAGUAAACCCUUGCAUAAGCUCUAGCUUCUAUUCUUAAUUUCUAUACUAAGAUUCGGAUCGAAAUACAAUUACGCAACAAUGAGUAGGCACUAAAGACAAAAUCUGUAAAAAUAUUUAAAUGCUUGUACAACUUUCCAUCGAACCUUCAAAGUGUCGACGUCCUAAUUUCGAAUGAGGUAACAGAAUUAAGAGGCUCUCGGGUACUUGUGUGAGUAAUACUGAAUUUAUUUUAUCUUCGUUUAUCUACAUUGAUAUUUGAAAUAUCGAUGUAAAAAAAUGUACAUGUUUAACGAGGAGAGGUAUAGAUAGAUGAAAUAAAAUUUACGCAACAAUAAACUAGAAAUGAGUUAGGUAUUUAUUUAUUGUCAUAAUUUAUUGUAAUGUACAUAAUUAUAUGAGUAAGUCUUGUUGUUACUAGAUAACUAAAUUAUUUACUGAAUAUUACGUUCAAUAAAGUC